CAGAGCGGUACAGAAUACGAUCCGUUCGCGGGCCCCAAAAUAACCCCGCGCGCGUCCAAGCGACGUCCCGCGUCGCGACGGCGACGCAUGCUUCAAAGACCUGGCGCGAAUCUCCCCACCAAUCCUCCGAUACGAAAAUAACCGCCGCGCCGCUCUCGAGUGGAAAACCUUUGCGAUGAUUAACAUCGCGCCAACAACCAGCUUACAACAUCAAGCCUCAGUGCUCUGGCCGUGGAUUGAACAACGCGCGGGUGCUUCACUACCACGUUGGUCCAUCAGCCAGUUCGAGAGACCAUCUGCGUGGUAGAUGGAAAGGGGCCCUAAGGAAGACGCCGCCGCCGCACCCGCAGUCGUCGUCAAAAAGGAACCAAUCAAUGACGAUAUCAAGAAACUGACCCAGAGGGUCAGGAAAUGGCGCUUUCACCAUGGCUAUGGAGAUGGAGUGGAAGGAGCCGAAUUGGAGAUGGUUCGACAGGAGCUGUCAAAAAACGACGAUAAGACCUAUGGAAGAUUGAUGAUGAUCAUCGAAGCUGACAAUUACCGACCUAACAGUUAA